AUGGAUAACGCCUUUGAGCCUGGUGAUCCAAUGCUAGAGCUUGCCGGAGUUAAAGAUCCUAAACAAGACCCUAAAGGGAGCAAGGAUAUGGAAAGAGACCCUGAACACUGGCUUGAACGUGACGAGCAGGGUAAAAUCGACGAGAUCAUAAACGGUGCCAUAGGCCACUAUUAUCUUCUCAUUGGUGAAAAGGGAACGGGAAAGACCUCUAUGAUCCUGAAUGCUAUGAAGAAGGUUGACGGGUCGCGUGUCGCCAUGUUCGAGGCGCACGCAAACCUUGAAAUUUUCCGGAUUAGAUUAGGAAAGUCGUUGGACUACGAGUUUCAUGAAGACUAUAUAGGGAGUCUCUUCAGUAUCAGGGGACCUCGUGAUACCACUGCCUUGCUGGACAUUGAGCGUGCUCUAAACAAACUAGAGAAAGUUGCCAUCAAGCGACGGGAUGUUGGACAAAAUCCAUUGAUUUUGAUCAUAAACUCUCUACAUCUAGUGAGAGAUGAUGAUGACGGCAGAGACCUCCUUGAAAUGCUUCAACAACGUGCAGAGCAGUGGGCGGCCAGCGGUUUAGUGACCAUGGUGUUCAACAGUGAUGAUUACUGGAUUUAUGAACGUCUAAAGCGCUACGCAUCUCGGAUGGAGGUCAUUCCAGUUCCUGACCUUCCAAAGAGUAAAGCGCUAGGAGCUCUACGCCGGUAUCGAUCAAGAUACUUCAAAGAGGACCCACCACAGGCGAUACUUGAAGAAGUAUACAACAAGGUUGGCGGAAGAUUAACGUUCCUAAACCGUGUUGCCAAAUCUGAAGAUAUGCUGGCAACUUGCGAUGAGAUCUGCGAAGCCGAGAAAACUUGGUUUUUGAACAAAUGCUGGAUCCUAGGUGAGGAAAUGGACGACGAUGUCAUGGAUGAACAAAAGUAUUCUUCUGCAGCAAUGGUGCUAGCAAGGGCUCUGGUAGAGAAGGAGAAAGAAAUGGAGAAAACAUAUGAUGACGACUCAGGGCAUAUCCUACCAGAGUUACCUCUCCACAAAGCACGCCAAAUUAUGACACGAGCAGACUUCAUUCAGUCCUAUGACCAUGACAACAUCUUCACCAUCGACUCCAAGGCUAGGGUUCGCGCUGAUUCCGUCCCUAUGCAAAACGCCUUCCGCGAGAUAUGCGCCGAACCAGGUUUUGACCAGUAUCUCGAGGAUACUUUGGAUAGAAUUUCAGCUAUCGAGAGCUUGGGCAGGACCCGUGAGCUUACCGUCAAGGACUUCUGGAACCAGGGUAAAUUCAAAGCAACCAUGCGCGAUACGAAGGGACGCGAAACCGGUACUCUUGAGAUUGGCGUGGUUCCACCCGAGAAGGAAGAAGACGACGACUAG